GUGGGCCGCGGAGCUUCUGCGCCUCGCGACAGAUCGCGGGCUCCGGGCGCCGCGUCUUCAGGCACAGGGAACCGCCAGGGAGGGCAGGAGAGCGCGCCCGGGCCCGGCCCCCGCCGCCUCCGCCCAGCUCCCCUCCGCUACCCUCCCGCUCCAUGGCUCCGCGGCCGCCGCCGCCCAUGCCGCCCUCCAGGCCGGAGGGGCCUCGCGGCAGCGGGGUCGAACACUCGGUCAAGGACUAAACAGCACCGCCGCUUCCUCGCCGGCCCCUCUCCACCCUCUAAGGAAAGCCGAGGCGCGGGAGACAGGAGGGAGAAAGCAAGAGCCAGCAGAAGGGAGCGGGAAGUCGGGGCUCUGUUCGCCGCGGGACAGUCCAGCCGGGAGGAGGCUGCGCCCGGGGCGGCGCGGCCGGGUUGCGCCAAGCUCGGGGCCGGCGGCUGCAGAGAGGCGUCUCGGUGCCCCAGGCCGGCCCCGCGCACCUGCCGGCGGCCGGCGCCCCAGACUCACCUGGCCCCCGGCGCCCCCUUCCCCAUCGCCGCCGCUGCAGCCGGAGCGGGGCUCCGCGGGCCUGGAGCACGGCCGGGUCUAAUAUGCCCGGAGCCGAGGCGCGAUGAAGGAGAAGUCCAAGAAUGCGGCCAAGACCAGGAGGGAGAAGGAAAAUGGCGAGUUUUAUGAGCUGGCCAAGCUGCUCCCGCUGCCGUCGGCCAUCACCUCGCAGCUGGACAAGGCGUCCAUCAUCCGACUCACCACCAGCUACCUGAAGAUGCGCGCGGUCUUCCCCGAAGGUUUAGGAGACGCGUGGGGACAGCCUAGCCGCGCCGGGCCCCUGGACAGCGUCGCCAAGGAGCUGGGAUCACACUUGCUGCAGACUUUGGACGGAUUCGUUUUUGUGGUAGCAUCUGAUGGCAAAAUCAUGUAUAUAUCAGAAACAGCUUCUGUACAUUUAGGCUUGUCCCAGGUGGAGCUCACGGGCAACAGCAUUUAUGAGUACAUCCAUCCUUCCGACCACGACGAGAUGACGGCUGUCCUCGCGGCCCAUCAGCCUCUUCACCAUCACCUGCUCCAAGAGUAUGAGAUAGAGAGGUCAUUCUUUCUUCGAAUGAAGUGUGUCUUGGCAAAAAGAAACGCGGGCCUCACGUGCAGCGGAUACAAGGUCAUCCACUGCAGCGGGUACUUGAAGAUCAGGCAGUAUAUGCUGGACAUGUCCCUGUACGACUCAUGCUACCAGAUCGUGGGGCUGGUGGCCGUGGGCCAGUCGCUGCCGCCCAGCGCCAUCACAGAGAUCAAGCUGCACAGUAACAUGUUCAUGUUCAGGGCCAGCCUCGACCUGAAGCUGAUAUUCCUGGAUUCCAGGGUGACCGAGCUGACCGGGUAUGAGCCGCAGGAUCUGAUCGAAAAGACCCUCUACCAUCACAUCCACGGCUGCGACGUGUUCCACCUCCGCUAUGCGCACCACCUCCUGCUGGUGAAGGGCCAGGUCACCACCAAGUACUACCGGCUGCUGUCCAAGCUGGGCGGCUGGGUGUGGGUGCAGAGCUACGCCACCGUCGUGCACAACAGCCGCUCGUCCCGGCCCCACUGCAUCGUGAGUGUCAAUUAUGUCCUCACGGACAUUGAAUACAAGGAACUGCAGUUGUCCCUGGACCAGGUGUCCACAUCGAAGUCCCAGGACUCCUGGAGGACCACCUUGUCUACCUCACAAGAAACUAGGAAAUUAGCUAAACCCAAAAAUACGAAGAUGAAGACGAAGCUGAGAACAAACCCUUACCCCCCACAGCAAUACAGCUCAUUCCAAAUGGACAAACUGGAAUGCGGCCAGCUCGGAAACUGGAGAGCCAGCCCCCCGGCGAGCGCUCCGGCUCCCCCAGAACAGCAGCUCCAUUCAGAAGGCAGCGACCUUCUGUACGCUCCAUCCUACAGCCUGCCCUUCUCCUACCAUUAUGGACACUUCCCUCUAGACUCUCACGUCUUCAGCAGCAAAAAGCCGAUGCUGCCGGCCAAAUUCGGGCAGCCCCAAGGAUCCCCGUGUGAGGUGGCACGCUUUUUCCUGAGCACGCUACCACCCAGCGGCGAAUGCCAAUGGCAUUAUGCCAACCCCCUAGUGCCUAGCAGCCCGUCUCCAGCUAAAAGUCUUUCUGAGCCGCCGGUGAACACUGCUCGGCACAGCCUCAUGCCAAACUACGAAGCGCCCGCCGCCGCCGCCGCGCGCAGGUUCGGCGAGGACACCGCGCCGCCACCGCCGCCGCCACCGCCGCCGCCGCCGAGCUUCCCGAGCUGCGGCCACUACCGCGAGGAGCCCGCGCUGGGCCCGGCCAAGGCCGCCCGGCCGGCCGCCCGGGACGGGGCGCGGCUGGCUCGUGUUUGCUACAAGUAG